GCCCUUUAUUUCAAAAAACGGAGUGAUGUCAAACAACAGCGGCAGACUCUCUGACAAAGUCAGCUGUCUUCCAACCAGCUCAUUCAGCGCUCAUAAAGCGGUCGAACAGGAUAACUCGAUGCCCGCGACGUAGCCUAACCAUUCUGCAGGUAGUGGAUACAAAUGUUUCAUUUUAAAUGAUCCAUUAUGACGUCGUCCAUCAUCCGCUGGAUCGUCACAGCUACUCCGUGCGCGAGGAAUCACUACGACUGAACAGGUCGUUCGGAGGCUUGAAAUGACAACAUCUGCGAAUGCCAUGAACGCAUCGCAGCUCUCCAGCCCAUUGCACCUGCAUGUAGUUAAUAUCAGAGGACUCAUGAAAGGAAAGUUUGGCUGUCGGAUACAAGCAUUUUUCAUGUGACUACUACAGAUCUGUUUGAAUGUGAGAUCAUAUCUGGACCGAGACCACAGGAGAGCUGCAUGUCAUUCAUGGACACGGGGAGGAACUUCGCGCAUUGAACACAUAAAAGAGGAUGUUUCUUUUCAUUAUCUCCCUUUUCCCCUGCAUAAUUCUUGCUUGUGCAUAGAUUCGAUAAGAGAUGGCAUGGCAUCCCUGUUUUCUCCGCUGGUUCCGAUGGCUUCGGUAGGACGAUAUUAAUGUGGGUGGACCUUGGCGCAUCUCCAACGGAUAUUUUUUUAGGGGGGCUGGAGGAUCGGACUAUUUACUACUGCUUUGUAGUACUUUUUACAUCUAAACCAGCGGACAUUUUUUCAAAACGCGAGCAUCAGAGAUAUUCUAACCUCCUUUGUCAGGAUACAAUGGCCGAGGACACAGCUAUAGAUAGGCUGAGCACUGCAGCUGCGAUUGGAGAUCUCAACGAAAUUGAGCAGACACUGCAAAGCAACGUGAACGUUAAUGAGAAGAACAAGUACGGCAGGACACCAUUGCAGGUGAUGAAACUUGGCUGCCCGCGCAUAGCGGAGAUGUUGCUUCAAGCGGGCGCCGACCCAAACGAGCGCGACCCCAUCCUACAACUGACCGUCAGUCACGAUGCCGCCCGAGACGGAUAUCUGGACACUCUACAGGUGCUCGCACAGAAUGGUGCUGAUGUCAAUCUCCCCGACAACGACGGCAACCUGCCUUUGCAUCUGGCGGCGCGGGAGGGACACCUGGACGUCGUGCAGUUUCUCGUGUCUAACUGCAACACGCCCCCUUUUCUGCAGAACGCGAACGGCUACACACCUCGUGACCUGGCGCUCAUGCACAGAAAACACAAAACUGUGGAGUGGUUAGACAACAUUGCGCCUUUGUAGUCCAGCUAGAGAUUAUGACUACGGGCCUGUGUGUUUUGUUGUGUAACAGAGGUAGCAUACAAAUGCUGAAUGAGCGGUUUAAUGCAUUGCAGACAUAUUCAGCCAACUACCUCUCAUUGCAUUGUAAAAUAUUGGGCUCAGGGGCUUGUCUUCGUGGGAAGAACAAUUAACUUUUCAGAUGACGUUGCAUGUUGUUCACAUUGCCCCCAAUUUAUCUGGCUAAAUGGAUUUUAUUUUUUUCUGUGAGAUUUUUCAGGUCAUCUAAGUCUCAGUUUUAGAUUUGUGUGGAUAACUUCUUUCACUAACUUUCAGGAAGGUCACGCCUGUCCUUUAUGUCCUGUUUUGUAACAAGAAGAAAAGAUAACCUAAAUUAAUCGAUGCUCAAUGAAACCACAGAUCUCAUUUGUAUUGAAAAGUAAUUGCACUAUGAUGGUCAAAAUCGACUUAACCCCUGACUGCUCUGUUUUUGUUGUGUUUAGUUUUAUGACAUUGAAUUUGCACUUUUGCUUGUACUUAAUGACUUUUAACUAUUGAUUUACUGUGAAUGAUUGUCUUUUGUCGCAUUGAAAAUAUUAAAACCUUGCAAAAAAUAACCAAAGACAGCUGUUGAAACGGUUUCGGUAUGUUUUCGUGACGUUGUGUGUUUAACUCUGGCCUCGUGUCACUGAAAUACGGGUAGGCCUAGAAAACAUUUCUGAGACUGUAUUAAAACAUGAAAUAUAAUUGGUUGAACCUUGAUAAGUGUUGUUUGAUGUUGUCGAAUGUUUAAAAGAGAAAAAUAAAACGCUGUGACGUUC